UUUUAAAAUAUAAAAAAAUGGUUAAAAACUCAGCACAAGACCCAUAAGAUAAUUCACUCUAAAUGAAAGUAAUUGAUAAAAGUGCUAUUGGCUUAGACUAGAUAAUAUUUGGUUUCCGGAAGAAGACUUCCAUCUAAGGAAGACCCAAAUCCCAAAGUGAUUAGUAUGAGAAUCUUUGCAAGAAACACAGUCGCUGCCAAAAGCAGAUUCUGGUAUAGCAUGAGUUAAUGGUUAGGUGGAAUUUAAGAAGACUCAAUAAACUCAGACCUUCACAUGGAUAGAUCUUAGCAGUAUAAGAAUUAUUUGAAAGAAGAGACACAAAUGUCAAAACCUACGGAAUCGUUCUUAAAUACUAAUCCAGAACAACCAUUCAUAAUAUGUACAAGGAAUUCAGAGACACAACUUUAAAUGGAGCAGUCUCUUAAUUAUGUAAUUAUAUUUGAUGAAGAAUAUUUUAGAUCAAGAAAUGGCUGGAAAUCAUAGAGCUCAACCAUAAACAAUUCAUAUUCUCAGAACAUCAGUAUUAACAAAGAGUGCUGAUAUCAAGAGAGGAAAGACUAAUUAAUACAGAGUACAAUUGAAAUAUAGUUUUAGGGUGACUCAAUCAAAUUCCCAAUUGUCAAAACAGUCCCAAGAGCUAGUCACAAAAAGUUCAGAACAGUGUUCAAAGCCAAAAGACCCAACCUCUACAGAUCAUGAGCAUGUUAUUUUAGUACAAUAAUCAUCAUAUAAUAAUAUUUAAUAUUAAUUAAU